UUUGAGGAAAAUUGUCAUUUUUCACAUUUUAACUGUCUCUUGGGAGGUAUUACUGUUAUUUUCCUCGUCCGUGAUAUUAAUCGUUAAAUAUAAACAUGAAUUCAAAGAAAAUAACUCUGUCAAAGAGUAUACUGGAAAUGAAGUUUAUGAAACGGACGAAAGACAAAGUGGAAAAAGAGCAGUUUCAAGAAGAAGGAGAGGAAUACUUCGGCAGCGAACUUACAUCACGUAUGAAAAAAGCAUCUGGAAAAUUUCUUAUGGAACCAAGUUAUGUUUUCUGCGAGAAACUUGAUGAUGGUAGAUUAAGCUUUCAAGGGAUGAAUCCAACUAUAGAAAAGUUAAUGGAAGCAAAGGAGAAUGUUAAACGAGCCAACGAAGAUGUAAAACAAGAUACUGAUAUAUCUGAUGAACAAAUGGCUGUUCAAUGGACGAAAAUGCGAGCAAAAUUUGAUACUGCAAACAGACAUAGAAAGCCGCAACAUAUAAAAAUAAACGAUGAAGACGAACCAUUAAGUAAAAUACCAAAAUUUUUGAAACCUAUAGAAUGA